AUGGACCUGGUGAACCAACUCAACGAGCUACUCACCGCUCUGCGAAUCCCAAUACCCAUCGAGUCCCCUACCGAUCUUACUCCUUCUCUCCUCCUUGCCAUACUAGAAUGCCUUUUAUCUUCACGACUCCCGCUGCCCACCAGUAUUCGUCAGGCAGCCGUGUCGCAAUCCCCCGCUCGGCGUGCUGAGGCUCAGAGUGCCAGAGUGCAUUGCAUGAAGAUCUUUCUAGGCAUCCUAGAGACCGAUAUUCUCAAGGACAAUGACAUGGGUCUCAGUGGCGUUGACCCGAGGAAGCUGGCCACUGGAGAGUGUGCUGAGGUCAUGCUCGUCGCGGAGGCGUUAUGCUGGAUUGGACAGCAGGCUGGACUCGUACAGGCAGAGAGACACGCGCAUAGCCCAUCGACGAUGACAACGAUGACGUGUACAAGCUCUCUUCUCCCGAUGGGCGCGUCAGCCACCGAGUCUAAUACGACUAUUAGUUCACACAACUCUGCUGGUACGCCAGAACUCUCACCGCGUACGCCUCCGAGAUGCAUUCAUGAGGUGCCUUCACCUUUGCGAAUGUCCUUGUCUCUGUUCCACGAGGAGCAAAAUUUGGAAACACAUGUCACGGUGCCUGUCAGACAUUCCGGUACGAUUGAGCAUGUGGACCAGAACCGGGAAGUCGAAUCUUUUGAGUCUAGUGGGGCACACUGGAGCAUGCACUCAAACAGUAACCAAAGCGCGCUUUACGACUCCGACUACGGUGACGAGCAUCUGAGGACCGUGACCUUACUGAAAGAACGUGCCAGACUUUUGUCUGAAAUUGCCAAAGCCCAGAGAAAGGGCCUGAACCCGCGCUUCGCCUUAUACAGACCUCUGUCUACCUCUUAUGAAGCGGCACCUAUCCGUAGAGACAUGUCGGGAGAUCCAUCUUCUAUGUUCUUGAGUUUUUGUCUGUGGCCCAGAUGGCAAGAUGCGACAUCAUCGCGAGUCUGCAAGUUAUACGGCGUCGCUUCUCUCCUGUCCCCCUGUCCUCGCUCUUCCUCUCUCCGUAUUGAUAUCCUCUCUGCGUUCCUGCAUGCGCCUCGCCAUGCGCAAGGUUGCUAUCAGCCCGGCUGGGGAGCUGAGCUCCCUCAUAAUUCGUUGGCAAGCCGAAUUCCGGGGACACAUUUCAGGCCCUUCCUCGAGCCUUUGCCAGAAGCUCCGCCGUCAUCCGAAUGUCUCGCACUCGCGCAUGUUUUGACAGCGGUGCCAGACGAGGGAGCUGAUAUCGGUUCCGAAGCCUCCGACUUGCGUUGCCGCCGAUCUCGAAGCCAACGUUUGGACCUUCCACCGAGUCCCAUCGACGCAUUUAUGGACCACUAUCGUUUCGGACCAUGCCGUCUCCAAGUCAAUUUGGGAGGGGAAGAGAGCGACCGCCUGCAUAUCAGGUGGUCGGCAACUUUGUUUAGGAAAAGGGAAAUUUGUUAUUUCGUCAACAUCUUUAUCCUUCUAUAA